AUGAACAACAAAUAUCUUGAAAACAAGAACCCUUCUAUUAUUGUUUUAUAUUGCAGUGAGCAUGCCUUGAAAAAUACUUUGACUAGGAAUAAGCAUGGUUCGAAGUAUCCUCCUCCUAAAUCUGCAGAAGCACUCUUAUUAUCACUAUCGCACUAUGUCAAAAAACCUCGAAAAAGAAGCAAUUCAUCAAGUACCCAACAUUCGGAUGAUGGGGAGAGAUUUUCGGCAGAUGAAGGCGACCUAAAGGUGUCCAGGUCUCAAGAUCCAUUUGUUGACUUAGAUGCUUGCAGCAUAUACAAUGAUCGCUGCAGCCAGAUCUUGGAUUUCUGCAGCGAAUCUGAAAGUGAUAUAGAAGCCUCCACGUACUCCUCAGUAUGGCAUGAUGCCCAGGCUGAUAGCUCAGGAGAUGAGAGCAUCGACUCUGAACAAGAGGAUGUUUUGAAGCAUGCCAAUGUGUACACGGCUGAGGAGAUUACUAGGAUGACUAGAGACAAAUUGGUAAGGUUGCAUGCAUUGUAUAUCGAGCAGUAUCGUCAUUUGCAGUAUUUGUUAAAAGAAAAGAGGAGGAAAUACCUUCAUUCGCUGAAAAGAGAAAAAGAAACAUGCUGUAAUAUUUAUAAUCAAGUACGUGAUAAUCCUAAAGAACAAAGGUUAUAUAAAAAAUUGAAAGCUCUCAACAGUUAUCACAAGUGCCAUGGUACUGAUGCGAUAUUGAACAAGAGACUGAAGGAUCUCAGAAUGAAGGUCUCUGAAGGUAUUACCCCUAAAAUUCACAUGCACACGAAAUGUUCAUUCAGCGAAGGAGGGGUCAAAUGCACCGAAAGGAGUAUACCUCUAUCCAAAUUUUGCCAGAAACAUAUAUUAGAGGAUCACACACAGGUCUUGUUUAGAGCUUGUGGAAAACUCACCGGGGAUAUGACCUGUCCAACCCCAAUCGCGGCAGUUUUCGACGACUCAACGUGCCCUUUGCAUCUAGAUAUUCCACCUUUACGUUCGUAUAGUGUACUGAGGAAAGAUUCCGAGUCUGACAUCGAAGAUACUUCGGACGCUCACUUGAACUACUCGCACCUCUCAGAGAACGUGAAGACUGAAUUCAUGCACUACGACAUCCCACCAGAAAUACCCAAGAUGGAAAAGCUGCCAUCUAUGCUCUUCGAAGAGUACACCAGGAGCCCAAACGAAUCCUCCAAUGACUUCACCUUCAAGCAGGACUCGUACGCACUGGAAGAAGCAAAGGCAAUGCAGAGCGACGAAUCUAUGGAUGAGAUCAACGUCCUCCAAGUAAACGAAGAAGUAGAGAUUAGCACUGAGGUGAACGAGUCAUUAGCAAGUGUGUCUGGCAACGACAUUAAAACUGAGACUGUGGAUGUUAAUGAUAUGGUGAUCGUAGAUGAAGGUGUUGUGGAAAUCAUGGAGACUGCUAUGGACACUAGCAUGGCGGAAGAAUUGGAUGUGGGUGAAGUCGAAACUGUAGUGAGUAUGGAUUCAGGAAUGGAGCUAGUGAAACCUUCAGAAGUUCCUGGUACGGUUGAACAUUCAGAAGAUGUUUCUAAAGCAGAAAUACUCGAAACCGGAACAGAUAUGGCUCACAUGGCUAACAUGAUUGAAACUGCUGGGGAGCUAGAAAAUACCAACCCCGAUAUUGAAAAACAUGAAACCCUACAGGAGAAGUUGGAAUCGAGUGAAAAUGAAACUUCCUCUUCAAGAUUUGACUCCACAGUUGAUAAUGUGGUGAAAGAUAGCAUACCUGAUAGUGAGAAAACACUUGAUAUCAAGGUUGCAGUAAAUUCAAAACCAGUUGAAGCUGAAUACAAUGAGGAUGGUGGUGCAGAAGUGAAUACAAGUGAUUCUGUACCAGAGGCAGAUGAGAUUUCAAGUAAAAAUAAUUUGAAUACUUUGGAAGUUGUGCAAAAUGAUAAACCACAUUCCACGGAAGUUAUUGGUGGCGAAGAAACAUGUUUUCAGGAGGAGGAGAAUACUGUGAAUACUUUGUACAAAGCUGUCUGAUUUGUGUUGCUGUUCGAACUUUUUUAUUGUACUUGUUGAUUUUGUAUGUAUUGCAUUUGGCAAAUUGAAAAGUUAUUGAGAUGAAAAUUUGCUUUGAUUAGACACAUCGAAAUUAACACAAAAAAAAUGUAGACAUUAGGUAACAACACUUCAUGAUAAUAAUCAUAAAUUUCAUUUAGGAUGCUUUACGCUUCACAGUGUCUAGUGUACCAGUAAAACAGAUGAAGCUAUCGUGUAGCGAAACAUGUCUUAAAUAAAAAAUAGUGAAAAUUGAA